GUAUUUUGUUCGAGCGUGGGGGUAGCUGCCUCGUGUUCAAUAGAGACAUUACAAGAGAAAGCAAAGACUUGCGUGAAUGGAUUUUUCGACAACCUCAAGAAGGAUCGACACCAAGACUGCAGGUACGAGAAAUAUGGUGGCUCCUGUUUCAUGCGAGCGUGAAUUCUGAAUAGGGGUUGUAGUUCUGUGCUGUUUAUCUGGUGUGGCAGCCAUACGGCGAGUAAGAAUUGAAAGUUAUCUUUAAGCCUUAAAUUAGAAGCGAACAAGACAAGUCAAGUAACUAUUCGCAAAUUACGAAAAUGGGUUAGUUAAUAUAAUGUUUUGUUUUCAGUUUUUCUUAUCUCGAAAAAAUGAUUUAAAUGUAAGCGAAGAUGAUCUAUUCUCCGAAUGGUGAUGAUGGUUGUGGUGGUGGUACGUAUUAACAAACAAGUGCGCUCUAAUGAAUUUUUGAAAUACAUCAAAUUUUCUUCUAUUUUUGUUUUCCUUUUUUUCAUUAGGGAACUUUACUCCUCCAAAGUAAAGCACUGCAUCAUAAAGGUCAUCGAUGACUGCCGAAAUCGAACAGAUAGCAAAACUGUGGCCAUAAUGGAAAAGAGCUCUAAAACCUGGAUCUCUAGAUGGCAGUAUUAUUGCAAAGAUGGAAUGCUUGACUCCUUUAAAGGCGUCAAAAAGCUGCAGAACUGUCCGGACACAACGCUAGAAAAAAUAGGCAAGUGUGCAAGUUCAUUCUACAAAAAAUUCAAAGAGAACAAGGGUAGCCGGUCUUUGUGCAGGUUAGAAUAUUGUAUGUGAUUUUCAUGCAUUAUCAUUUUCUUCCCUCAGCGAGUGUUCUUGCAUUAACGCUCUACAAUUAAAGUGCACUUUUAGUCAAAAUUAAUUUUCUCCCAAUCCGUUUUCGUUUCAGAAAAUUCACCAAGGCUAAGAAAUGCAUUAGAACGACCCUAGAAAGGAACUGCGACAAGAACUCUUGGGUAAAGAAUGCUGCAAAGCGAUACCAAGACCCUCACAACCCUUACUGCCCCGGAUGGGUGGAUUUGAAAAGAAAACCAGGUUUGUAUAGUACUUCGUGAUGUAAGUGGUGAAUUAAUAAUAAUAAUAAUAAUAAUAAUAAUAAUAAUAGUGAUGAUGAUGAUGAUGAUGAUGUUGAUGCCGAUGAUGAAUAAUGAGGCAUUGGGACAAGGCAAAGAUAUUUUUAUCUUUAUUUUAAUCUAAUUUCUACACUUUUUCUUUACAGUGCCGAGGAGUCCUGGAAGACGGUUCGGCUCCUGCUCAGAAAGUGACUAUCUGUCUUUAACAAGAGUCUGCAUUGCGAGUUUCGUGCAAACGCUCCAAAAAAAUCCCAAAACAUCUUGCAGGUUCGUAAGUGUAGUUUGCAUCCUCAGUAUAUUUUUAUCGAUAAAUAACGACGACUGGCCGAAAAACACGAGAUGAAAUGCCACACCAUUUACUUUAAACAUGUUUUUGCUGCGAAAGGCACGAUUUAUUAUGUAGCUAUAGCAACGGUGACACGGAUAAACAUGCAAAACUUGAGUAGUUCAAUAUACAUUUUCUGGCGUUUUUCCUUUCAGACGGGCGUACAUGGACAAGAUCAACAGAUGCGCGAAGAACGUGGCUCUUCACUGCCAUAAAAACGAAUCUAAAUACGAUAGAAGGAACGUGGAGCGAUCCUUCAAUAGCAGAAACUUUCGAGCCUACCAAGAACAAGUUUAUUGCAAUGGCAUGA